GUACGGCUGUCUAUAAUUAUAACGACUAUUUAGAUAAAAAAAAUAAAUAUUUUGUGGUUUUCUAAGUGGCUUAAUUGAAAAAGAACAAGUCCACCAACCGAUUUCAAAUUUAACGAAGCACUAACGGAUUCCUACGUAAUCCACCAACAGCAACAGUAUGUCACCAACGAACGUGAUGCGCACCGGCGCACCACUACUACUGCUCUGUCUAUCCUUCCUAUGUUGUAGCAUAGGCAACACGCAUGCGCAAGAGAAUAUUAUGCCACAGAUACCGCCCUCUCUCGAGGAAUGCUAUAAUACCAGCUACUUUAUGAAUCGUCAAAAUCGCCUGCCAGCCACAAUCGAAACGCUGAUUUCACUAAUCGAAAAAGUGGAGAACACACCCACCUACAGCUAUGAUAUGCGCACGCUAACGGUGGCGCUGCUGCAGCGCUUCCGUCAGGAUGGCAUACAGCGCGCCUAUAAUGUAGCCGAAUCGCCUGGCGUAAUACCAUACAGUCCGACCGGUUUCCAGUUUCCGAAAUUCCGCAUAUUACUAUCUCGUCUGAUACCCGGCAAUGCGCUCACUUUCCCCAACAGCACGCUGACACGUGAGGAGCGUUGUUCGCUACACUUUAUGAUCUCCAGCUCGCUGGAUUUGCGAGCGCGUGGCGAUGAAAGUUCCGUAUGUAAUAAUUUGUCACAGUACCGGGCGCAGCGCUUACGGCGCUCUGCUAAUCUGGAACGUAAAGGCGGUUUUGUCGGCGAUGUCGAGGUGUUGGAGAGUUUCAAAGCUAAAGCGCAGAAACGCGGUCUCAAGAAGGGCGCCUACAAUGCGCUGGAUUACGACUUCGGCUGGACGAGUACGGGCACCACGACCAGCACUACAAUCAGUCAAUGUCCCGUGGAGAAUGGUGUUAUUUGGACGCCUUGGGGCACUGUGGCUGCCGGUGCAUUGCUAGCUGGUGUUGCCACUGGCUUACAACAACAAACUGUACAGUUGCGCACAUUGCUGGCGCUAUCGAGUCGUAGUAAUGGCUAUACAAAUCUGCCACAGACGGCCACCGUAGGUGUGGACAAUCGUUGGGCCGCCACCCUGGCGGGCGAUCUGGCCGAAGUGGCGCUGGUGCAAGUGCCGUUCACAACCACCGAGACGGCUUCGGUGGGCGCUAAUGGCGCCUGGAAUAGCACCGUCAUGCCCGAAUGGUACUUCUUGACGCAGCGUCAAAACUUUGAAAUGACCGACGCCGAGAUACGUGGCGGUUUGGAUGGCCUGAUUAUUGCACAGAAUAUCGUCUCGUGGCGUACGCAGUCGUCAAAUAUGAAGCUGUCACAACUGUUGCGCAUGUACUACUCGACGAACGGCGUGUUGAAUAGUGGCAUUAUGGCAUGCAAUCGCAAAGCUAACUUCGCGACUUAUGCUCCAAGCGAUACGAUGAUCUUGCAGACGAGCGCUUUCUCACAGGUAUUGGAUCGCGAAAUGCAACUGGGUGUCACAUUGUCAGCGGCAAACAUUGCGACAUUCUCGUCGUCAGCUGCUGCUGCUCUGCAAACCUAUGUCCCCAAUAGUCUUAACGACGUUACCUGUACCGUUAGCAGCAGCGCCAAUAGCGUUACCAGUAUGAUAACACCCAUGACCAAUAUCUAUGUGUUCUUGGAUACAACCUGGCAAUACAGCACUAUUGUUGACUAUCUCGUUUACAUACUACAGCGUCUCAACAUAAACCCCUAUGCCAGUUCGGUCACCUUAUUAGCUGCUAACGAUGGUUCGAUUAUUGUCAAUACCACCAAUUAUCUACCCGACAUUUAUCAAGGCUGGAAUGUGACCCUGCAAGCACAAUAUACCGCCGGCUUUAAUUUGCCCACCGUCUUGCAAACCAUACAAAACUUGACCCAAACCUACAUGAGUGCCGAACAAACCAACUACUCAGUGGGCGGACGCUCGCUAAUCGCUUUAAUGAUGCCCUAUAGCACAGUUCAAGUGAGCACCAGCGAUUCGUCCUAUGCCACCACACAAUUACAAUACAUUUACGAACAAGUACCCGAUCUACAUUUCGUUUACUAUACCAGCGGUCAGAUCAGUCGCUUUGCAACAUUCGUACGUGAUCCCAGUCAAGAUUUGUUCACGCUGAAUACGGGCAGCACGCCGUCCGUUUCGUCCGGACCAGUCGUGUCGCGUAUCGUUCAAAUUCCACGUCGUAUCAUCAAUCCACGUUGCGGUUCCAACUGGAUCACGCCCUCGUGGGGCACCGAUCAAUUGGCGCAGUAUCUCAAUUUGAAUGGCACAAACUUCUAUCGCAUGGUACCAAACUACUUCUACGGCGCCGGCAGCAAUCGCAAUGUAGCCAUACAAUCGACCAGCGGCAUCCAGUUCAUCAUAUGCACCUCGCGCACCGUUACACUACCAACCCAAGCCAAUGCCACCACCGGUUCAACCGACAUCACUUGCGCCGCAAUAGGCAAUGGCUUCAGCUAUGAUCUGUCCAAUGCUUGUAACGGUUACAGUUACAUUAGUCAGUGCCCGCCGCUGUAUAUCUCCGUGCAGGCGCCCACGUCCAUACAGACGACAGUGUCUUGCACUGACAAUGCUUGUCAAACACCGAAUCAGGCGCGUUACGUCAUUUCGGUGACCAAUUUGGGUUGCUACAGCGGCGUGGCCGGUCUCUUUGCCAGUUUCGUUACGAUUGUGCUGGCUUACGUCCUGCGUGAGGCCUUGCAGUAGAAUCGUUAUGCGAUCGGCUUAUUUGUUUAGUUUUUUUCUACACACAUACAUACGUAUUUUCAUAUUUUGGUUUACCAGUGUUGCCUGGAAUAUGUACUUAGC